UUGAGUAUCUUCCCCUCAAAGUGCUGCAAAAUCUGUGAUGUGAACCAACGAGGAUCAACAUAUUUAAAGUGGCAGAAAUGUUAGAGGCAAGGUUGGGUGCAGCUAUUUUGAUGUGGAUGUUGGCAUGGAGUUGGGCAGAAUCAGCAAUAGGGGUGAAUUGGGGCACUGUUUCUUUACACAAGUUGAAGCCUUCUACGGUGGUUGAUCUCUUGAAAGACAACAAGAUUCCAAAAGUGAAGUUGUUUGAGGCAGAAGCUGAUGUUCUUAAGGCUCUGAUGGGAAGUGGGAUUCAGGUGAUGGUUGGGAUCCCCAAUGAGAUGUUACCCCUCUUGAGCUCAUCCCCUUCUGCUUCUGAUUUGUGGGUUCGCCAGAAUAUUUCUGCCUACAUGGGUAAAGGUGGUGCAGAUAUCAGGUAUGUAGCAGUUGGAAAUGAACCAUUCCUCACGAGUUAUAAUGGUCAAUAUCAGAACUUGGUAAUGCCUGCGAUACAAAAUCUACAGCAGUCUAUAGUGAAAGCAAAUCUUGCUAGUUACAUAAAACUAGUUGUCCCCUGCAAUGCAGAUGCCUAUGAGUCCACACUUCCUUCGCAAGGGGCAUUUAGGCCUGAGCUGACCCAGAUCAUGACUCAGCUGGUUCAGUUCCUCAACUCAAACGGUGCCCCGUUUAUUGUUAAUAUCUACCCAUUCCUCAGCCUCUAUGACAAUGGAGAUUUCCCUCAAGACUAUGCAUUCUUUGAGGGAACUACUCAUCCUGUCACAGAUGGUAACAAUGUUUAUACAAAUGCAUUUGAUGGAAACUAUGACACUUUGGUUGCAGCACUCAGUAAACUUGGCUAUGGUCAGAUGCCAAUAGUUAUAGGGGAAAUUGGUUGGCCCUCAGAUGGAGCCAUUGGUGCAAACAUCAGUGCAGCAAAGGUUUUCAACCAAGGUCUCAUAAACCACGUUAUAAGUAACAAAGGGACCCCCUUGAGGCCUAAUGCUCCUCCAAUGGAUAUCUAUAUAUUCAGUCUCCUUGAUGAAGGAGCAAAGAGCACACUCCCAGGAAACUUUGAAAGACACUGGGGGAUUUUCUCUUUUGAUGGGCAAUCCAAGUAUCCACUCAACCUUGGCCUCGGAAACAAGGAACUGAAGAAUGCAAAGCACGUUGAUUAUCUUCCAUCUAGAUGGUGUGUGGCAAGCCCCUCCAGUGAUGCUCAAAAUGUAGCAAAUCAUAUGAGGAUUGCAUGCAGUGUUGCGGAUUGCACCACACUUAAUUAUGGGGGUUCAUGUAAUGGAAUUGGAGAGAAGGGUAAUAUCUCAUAUGCUUUCAACAGUUACUAUCAGCUCCAAAUGCAGGACUCACGAAGCUGCAAUUUUGAUGGGCUUGGUAUGAUUACUUUCCGAGACCCUUCAGUUGGUAACUGUCGUUUUCUUGUGGGUGUUACUGAUAAAGGCUCCGAUUCAUCUGGUUCUCAGAUAGCAUGUGAGUGUUGGGUUCUAGUUGCAUUUUUUAUUAUACAGACCAUCUUUUCACUUUGA